GUUAAACCGCGGCGGCGGCGGCGGCCGGGGCGGGAGCAGGGCGCGCUCUGGAGACGAGUCAGCGGCGCCCCGGGUUGGGGGGAGGCGGGCGGGCAGCUAGAGAUCACCUCGGCAGCCCCCACCACGGCCGAACCGAAGGUGCGGCGGCGGAGGGGAGCCAGGGCGCCCCAGCAGGUUUCCAGUAAUUAUCUGCAGGGAUCGCCAUGACCCCAGCUCUGAGGGAAGCAACAGCAAAGGGUAUCUGCUUUUCAUCUUUGCCAAGUAACAUGGAGUCUGACAAGAUGCUAUGCAUGGAAGGUCCAAGAACUGUAGAUGAAAAGCUAAAAGGAGACACUUUCUCUCAGAUGCUGGGAUUUCCAACUCCUGAACCUACUCUUAACACUAAUUUUGUGAAUUUAAAACAUUUUGGCUCCACCCAGUCUUCAAAACAUUAUCAGACAGUUCUUUUAAUGAGUUCUAAUUCUACAUUAAAUAAAUACAAUGAGAAUUACAAACAAAAGAAAUCAGGGGAGCCCAACUGCAAUAAGCUGAAAAACAUACUGUGUAAUGGCAGCAACAUUCAGCUCAGUAAAAUCUGCCAUUCUCAUUCUGAAGAAUUCAUCAAAAAGGAACCUCUAUCAGAUACCACAAGCCAGGGCAUGAAAGAUAUACAAAUUAUUUUGGAUUCAAAUUUAACCAAAGACACUACUAUAGAUAAAGUACAAUUGCAAAAGUGUAAAUGGUACCAAAAGAAUGCACUUCUGGAUAAAGUUACUGAUGCUGAAAUUAAAAAGGGUUUAUUGCACUGCAUUCAAAAGAAAAUUGGACCUGGCUACUCAAAUGUGCCUAUUAAUUCCUCAGCUGCUGAGAAAGAGGAGGAAGUGAAUGCUCGUUUACUCCACUGUGUAAGCAAACAGAAAAUUUUACUUAGCCAGGCUAGAAGAACUCAGAAACAUUUGCAGAUGCUCCUGGCAAAGCAUGUUGUUAAGCACUAUGGUGAGCAAAUGAAAUUUUCUAUGAAACAUCAACUGCCCAAAGUGAAUCUCUCUCAUGAAUCUACCACAGUUUUGGAUAACAGUUUACCCAAAUGCACUGAAAUUAAGCCAGAAGUCAACAUGUUGACUGCAGAGAAUAAAUUGUGGGAUGAUACAAAAAAUGGCUUUGCUCGGUGUACAGCUACAGAAAUCCAAAGAUUUGCACUGUCUGCUACAGGGCUGUUGUCUCAUGUUGAAGAGGGUCUGGAUUCUGAUGCAACUGAUAGCAGCUCUGAUGACGAUUUGGAUGAAUAUACCAUUAGAAAAAAUGUGGCAGUUAACUGUAGUACUGAAUGGAAGUGGCUUGUAGACAGAGCAAGAGUUGGCAGCAGAUGGACUUGGCUUCAAGCCCAGAUUUCAGAGUUAGAAUACAAAAUUCAACAACUUACAGACGUUCACAGGCAAAUCCGCGCCUCCAAGGGAAUAGUGAUCCUAGAAGAAUGUCAGCUUCCAAAAGACAUUUUGAAAAAACAAAUACAAUUUGCUGACCAAGCAGCUUCAUUAAAUACUACAGGGAAUCCUCAGGUUCCCCAAGGGAAUCAAGAUCCUUUACCAGAACAGGAUUUUGAGAUGUCACCAAGCAGCCCUACCCUACUUCUUCGAAACAUAGAAAAACAGAGUGCACAGUUAACUGAAAUCAUCAACAGUUUGAUUGCCCCUCUCAACUUGUCUCCAACUUCAUCACCACUCUCCUCUAAAUCCUGCAGCCAUAAAUGUCUGGCUAAUGGCAUUUCUAGGAGUGCUUCAGAGAAUUUAGAUGAGCUCUCUUCCUCCAGUAGCUGGUUACUUAAUCAGAAGCACAGUAAGAAAAGGAGAAAAGACAGGACAAGAUUGAAAUCUCCAUCCUUGGCUAUCAUGAGUACAGCAGCCCGAACAAGGCCACUUCAGAGUUUCCACAAACGAAAACUCUACAGAUUGAGCCCCACUUUUUAUUGGACUCCACAGACUUUGCCUUCAAAAGAAACAUUUUUAAACACUACACAAAUGUCUUGCCUACAAUCAACUUCAGCUUGGAGUAACUGUGAACAUAAUUCAAAAUCUCAGAUAUUAAGAGAGCAUGUUUCAGAGUUAGAUUCUUCUUUCCAUUCUGUUCUAUCAUUACCAUCAGAUGUGCCUCUUCAUUUUCAUUUUGAAACAUUAUUUAAAAAGACUGAAAUAAAAGGAGAUCUUGCUGAAAAUAAAACUGUGGGCAACUGUAUCAUGUCACCAUCACCUGUACACAGUACUUCUCUGAAUCAGUGGAGUAAUGGAUAUUCACCUACAUGUAAGCCUCAAAUAAAGUCAGAGUCGUCUGCACAACUGUUUCAGGGAAGAAAGAAAAGACAUUUGAGUGAAACAGCAUUAGGAGAAAAAAAUAGAUUUGAAGAAUUUGCUUUUCAACGCACAGAACCAGGAUCCCAUUGUAAUUUCACUACCAUCUCUAAUGUCAAUGUUAUAUCAAGAACACAGAAUUCAUCAGCACAAAGUACGGCACGAAGGAGGUUAAGAAGUGAGAGCUCUUAUGACAUAGAUAACAUUGUGAUUCCCAUGUCUUUAGUAGCCCCAGCUAAGUUAGAGAAACUCCAAUAUAAGGAAAUUAUCACUCCAAGCUGGAGGAUGGUUGUUCUUCAGCCUUUGGAUGAAUAUAACUUACGUGAAGAAGAGAUAGAAGAUCUUUCUGAUGAAGUCUUCUCCCUAAGACACAAAAAAUAUGAAGAGAGAGAGCAAGCCAGGUGGUCACUAUGGGAACAAAGCAAAUGGCAUAGAAGAAACAGUAGGGCUUACAGUAAAAAUGUUGAAGGACAGGACUUUCUUUUGAAAGAAUGCCCUAAUGACUUCAGUAGCGGUCAGCAAUGUGCUGCUGAAAGUCCUCCUGAUCUUCCUUCAGAGCACCAUGAUCUCUAUGCACAUGGCUCACCCUUAAAUGAAAAUCAAGAAAUUACAUCUUUGUGGUGGGAACGGCGGUCUUUUCCACUGAAGGAUGAAGAUACGGCAGCUUUAUUAUGCCAAGAGGAUAAAAACAAUCAGACUGAGGUGUCAAGCACAGCUUUCCAUGCUGAAGUCGUCUGUACCAGCGCACCAGAGAAUGGCCACCACCCCAAAAAACAGCUAGGUGGAACAGAAGAGUAUAAAGCCUUUGGUCUAGGAAUUACUAAUGUUAAAAAAAAUAGGUGACAGGCUACAGGUGAAGAAAAUGAUGUAACUGAAGGGAAGUCAGGAGGGGAAAAAAAUAGCCCUGUUCUGGAUCUCCCAUCCACCUCUGGUCAUACUUCCAGAAUAACAGAAUGUACUGCAUGUAUUUACCUUUCAUGCUGUUUAUGGGGAACAGGCAAGAUUGUUUCUUUACCUUCUUGAACCACAGAAGUAGCUAGCUUUUUACCUAUAGACAAAUGCUAGGCAUCUGUGUUUAUCAUAUAAAUUACAAGCACCAAGAUAUUAACUGCUGCAAUUUGAUGUCAAAUCACAUUAUUGGGUAAUUUUUAACAUCACAAACAUACACACACUCACCCUUGCAUUAAAUGAGAGCUAUUUUCCUUCCUAUUCACAUGGUAAUUCACUAAAAUUGCCUCAAAAUAUAUUAAUAUACAAAUAUACAUAUAAAAUGGGCAUGCACGCGCGGGGUUUUUAAAUUACACUGGCAGUGACCCACUACACUUAAAAUUGCAUGUACCAACUUGCCCUAUGAAAUGUAAGCUGCAAUAAAUAUAAAGCACGUGUUUCCUCUGAUUAAAAAAAAAUUUUUUUUGAAAGUCUUGACUAUGGAGAGGGAGUUAUUUUUGUUUUUUAACAUGUUUAACCAAGAGAAGUUAUUUAUGGAAAUUCUUAUCACAGAUAAUAAAAUACUCAAUUUAUUUAAAAUCAAUGAUAUCUGUUGGACUGACCACAGGCUACUUUCUGUUACUCCUAACAGAAUUGAGACAAGCAAAUUAAUUAUAUAUGGGCGCACUUUAAAAUUAUACAUCUUUGAAAACACCAAUUUAAAAUGUGCAAUAAACAGGAAAGUCCUUCAUUAUAAAAUGUAAGCAAUGGUUUAAUUCUAGUCUAGAAAUACUGUUAUAUUUCUAACUAAUUUGAUCCUUCUUUGUCAUAGCUUAGUCAAAUAUCUAUUCUGACUUGCAUCCUAGAUUGUGAAUUAGAACUUCUCAGACGCCAAUACUUCAAUAUUUGAUACUGAGAUUGAACAUUUUGAGGCUAUUAUACUAUAUUUUUUUCCUAUGUGAAAUAUGAGGACAAUUUGUAUGAAUCACUUGGUCAUGUAAAACAGUUAUUCAAGUUAUAACACUCAUCUAACUGAAAUCCUGACCAUUUGGCCUAGACUAUGAAAUUUGACACAAAAUUUUUGUUUAGGAAUGGAAAUUAUACUGGUCCCUAUAAAAGGGGAUAAAAUUCAAAUUCAAUACUGACAAAACUUUUCCUUGUAGUUUCACUGUACAUUUAUUCUUAAAGAAAAAAAAAGCCUGACAUACAAGUUGUCCUGGCAAAAAAAAAUUCAAAUCUUUGUCUUGUCUGAUAUUAUAAUCUUCUAUGUAAGUUUUUUAAUUAAAGUUAUUUCUAUAUGC